AUGGACGUACACGAGAUAGCGUCUUCCGGCGCCGCGACGCCGGCCCUAGAAGGCGUAUCCACUCCGCCAGUGCCGGACAUGCCGGUCAAGGAGAAGAACCGUCACCGGCUGCUCCGACGGAUUCAACGGAUAUCUUCAUCACCUUCACUGACCAACUUGCGUCGCUCGAGGUCCGUUGGGAGCCCCUAUAGCACACGAAGCACACUCUCGUGUGUUAGUCUCGCCGCUGUUGGCCCACCUCAGACCCCCCACAGCGUCCGAUCUCCAACCCCACAAUCAUCGCCACUGGGGGUUUCCAACGCCUCGACAUUUUAUGCCCAUUCUUCUGGGGAGUUUCCGUUUGAGAGCAUCGAGAGUCAAUUGGGAAUCCGGAAGAUCGACAAUGGCACCCCGGUCACAACUCCAGGCACCGUGCCGCUCCCGUCUGAUCUCAGGGUGAAGCAAGACGUCCGCCCCGGCAUUAAGCCGAUCCAGAAGCCACCCUUCCGUUUCUGGGAGAGGAUGCCUUACGAGCUCCAAAUUCACAUCUUCUCCUUCUUCAGACCGAAAGAGCUGGUACGAACUUCUCGAGUCUCGAGGUCGUUCUACAAGGCCUGUUUCGAUGGCCAACUAUGGACAUCUCUUGAUGCCUCUGAGUUCUACCGAGAAGUCCCAGCCGAAUCAUUGGCCAAGAUUAUCGUCGCCGCGGGCCCUUUCAUCAAGGACCUAAACCUGCGAGGUUGUGUGCAAGUUGAGCACUACAAGCGCACAGAGGUUAUUGUCAAGGCGUGCAAGAACCUCAUGAAUGCAACCCUGGAAGGUUGCCAGAACUUUCAAAAGAAUACGCUUCACAGCUUGCUGCGAAGCAACGAGAAGCUGGUCAGUCUGAACUUGACUGGACUGACGGCAGUUUCCAAUACCUCUUGCAAGAUUAUUGCUGAAUCUUGCCCCCAACUCGAGAUUUUCAACAUUUCAUGGUGUGGCAGAGUGGACGCUCGAGGCGUCAAGGCGGUUGUUGAAGCUUGCCCAAAGCUGAGGGAUCUCCGUGCCGGCGAGGUCGGAGGUUUCGAUAAUUUGGCUGCUGCAAAGGCCAUCUUCAAGACCAACAACCUGGAGAGACUGGUUCUGAGCGGCUGCGCGGAGCUCACCGAUGAAGCUCUCCAAGUCAUGAUGCACGGUGUUGAGCCGGAGAUUGAUAUUCUGACCGACCAGCCAAUUGUUCCUCCUCGAAAGCUUCGCCACUUGGAUCUCAGCCGUUGUGCUCAUCUCACAGACGCAGGUGUAAAAGCCUUGGGUCACCUUGUGCCAGAUCUCGAGGGUCUGCAGCUCUCUGGCUGCAAGCUGUUGAACGACGAUGCCCUCGAGUCCAUUCUGGCUUCGACGCCUAGGCUAACGCACCUUGAGCUCGAAGACCUUGAGAAUCUCACAAACUCGAUCUUGUCCGAACAUCUAGCCAAGGCGCCAUGUGCUGACUCACUGGAGCACCUUUCCCUGAGCUACUGUGAGAAUCUUGGUGAUACGGGAAUGCUACCGGUUAUGGAACGUUGCACGAAACUCAGGAGUGUCGACCUGGACAAUACCAGGAUUAGUAACCUCGUCCUCGCAGAGGCAGCAUCCAUGGUUAUGAAACGCUCCGAACGAUCCAUGAAAGCAGGAACACGGCCGGACCUCACUCUCCAGAUGGUGGUUUAUGACUGUCAGAAUGUGACAUGGGCGGGUAUUCGAGAAGUUCUCUUCCGAAAUACUCAAGUCAAGCCUGUCGCAGGCCAGAGCGGCAGAGUGAGCUACCCGACUGAGGUGAUUGGAUUGAAGUGUUUCUACGGCUGGCAGAUGACGGUUGACGAGCACCAGAAGCGGGUUCUGCGGGGGGAUCUUGCAGCCGCAGGCCGCUUAGAGAGGAGAUGGGCAGAUUACAUGCAGGCUACCGAGGAAGCGGGCAUGACAGGUGCGGGCUACCGGAGACGCAGGCGUCGAGCCCGGGAGGCCCAAGCCCUCCAUAUGGACGAGGAAGACGGAGGCUUGGGUCCCACGGGUCGCCGGAGGGCUCGCACACUCGGAUCAUGCUCUGUCAUGUGA